CGCGUUCUCCGGUGUCCCGCGACGGUCAUUCCGCGCGCAAUCGUCUCAAUACGCUCGCGCACUUCCGCCGCUCGAGUUGUUCGCUGUCGGUCACCCGUCGGAUAUAACACAUUAUUAUUAUAAUUAUUUCGAAACACAACGACGUAAAACUGUCGUUUUUUUUACGCGCGCCCGUGUAGACAUUUACGACCCGACGACCAUCGACGAAGUCUUUCCCGAGUGUAUUCCGUCCUAAUAGAUCAUGAAAGGGUGGAGAUUGGUCGUGCUUCUUUGCACGGCCUUGCUGAGUGAACCAGUACGGCCACAAGAAACAUGGAGCCGGCCGGAAACUGCAGAAAAACGUGUUGACGAUUGGGUACCCAUAACGGCGUCUUGUCCAACGUGUCAUAAGAAUCUAGAAUCUGGUGGCGAAGCAGGCGGCGUUGACGAAGUCGGACGUCUGUUAAAUCCACCGGCCGUCCCCUCUAGCCGUGCAUUUAAUUUUAAUGCCAAACAAAACAGUUUUAACCGGGCUCCAGCUGGUGAACCGUACGAAGUCACAACACCAGCGGCAUCAUCGGCUCAGUUCUUCAGCCAACAACAAGCGUCGAAAAUACCGCAACCAGUGCACUUUCCGGUACCAUUUUUCAACCAACAGAACCCGUUCCAGGGUAGAUUUCAGGGAGUACCCAAUUUCCAACCACAAUUCACGUUCAUACCUCAACCACAAAUCCAACCCGUGCCGAAGGAAAACAAAGUGACAUUUCCUGAAUCACCGUUCAUCCAGCAACAAAACAAAGGGUCGGUGCAACUUGUGUACGUUCCCAUUGAAGCAUUACAGAGACAAAAGCCCAGGUUGCAAGCCGAUAGGCCGAUACAGCAACAGUCACAGAUCGACACGAAGGCGCAAUCUCCGUUUGAAACUGGAAAACUGAAGUUCCAAAGACCACCGCAACCAUUUGAAGGUCAGUUCCCGAUUACUCAACAGUUCGGACAAGAUCCUAAUCGUUUUGCACCACCACCACCACCGCCAUCAUUUGAACAGAAUGCGGCCCGUUUUCCACCACCAUCACAGUUAUUUGAACAAGGUAAACCUAGUUUCCCAAAUCAACUGAAAGAACAGCGUCCAGAGUUUUUGCCUCAAAAUGAACAGCCAGUUGGUCCACAAUCAUUUCAAUUUGUCGAAGACGCAAGAAAUCCACCUUCCAACUUUUUCCAAUUUCACGAUAAUAGAUUCCAAAAACCGUCCUUCGAAGAUAAACCAAAAGAAACAAAACCACAAGGACAACAAACUUUCACGCCCAAUCAAGAUGAAUCAAGGCAAGAAUCUGCACAAAAUUUCGUUUCAAACUUUGACGGAAAUCGACCAAGACAGGGACCACCACCACAACCACAGAAUUUACAACCGAAUCUCCAAGAAACGAGACCAAGACAAGAAUCACGACCCCAAAGCGCCCAACCUAAUUUCCAAGAAACAAGGCUAAAACAAGAGCUACCACCACCAAAGUUUAUCCCCAAAUUUGAGGAACCAAAAUUAGAAUCUCAACAACAGUUCGUUUCCAAUUUUCAAGAAACAACAAAGCCGAGACAAGAACCUCUUCUACCACCGCAGUUCAUUCCUAAAUUUGAGGAACCAAAAUUAGUACCACAACAACAGUUUGUACCGAAUUUCCAAGAAACGAGACCGAGGCAAGAAUCAUCACCAUCGCCGCAGUUCGUACCUAAGUUUGAAGAACCGAAGUUACAACCUCAAGCACAGUUCAUUCCCAAUUUCCAAGAAACUAGGCCAGGACAAGACACACAACUACCACCUCAAUUCGUUCCUAAAUUUGAAGAACCAAAAUUAGAACCUCAACAACAGUUCAUUCCAAAUUUCCAAGAAAAUAGGCCAAGACAAGAAUUGCCACCACCAGGGCAAUUCGUUCCCAAGUUUGAAGAACCAAAAUUAGAAUCUCAACCACAAUUCGUUCAAAAUUUCCAAGAAAUUCCACAACAAGAAACAGCGCAACAAAUAUUCACUCCCAAUUUCGAGUCAUUAAGGCCAAAACCAGAAAUUCAACAAAACGUUGUCCCUAAUUUCCAGGAAACGAGACCUAAACAAGAACAAGAAAUAAAACAAAAAUCAAAGCCGAAGGUUCAACUAUCACAACCUUCGACAUUAGCACCUCAGCAGUCAUUUGAUUCACCAAGCUUGACUGAAAAAGCAGUACUAACUCCAUCAACACCAUAUCCGCCUCCACAUCAACCUCCACUUUCUGUUUACAUGGAAAAACGACUGGAUAACAAGAUAAACGAAGUUCUGACCAUACUAAAAGACGCAAAAACUAUACCAGUGUUAGAUACAAUUGGCAAUCGUUCACCCAAAGUGUUUGUCGGACCAACUGAUCUUGAUGUACCUAGAGGUUAUGUUAAAUUUGCAUUGCCUUAUUUAUCGUCACUCGAUAUUACUAAAAUUGAUUCAAUGGCUGAUCGCUUACCAUUUUUCGUCGCUCCACUUAAUUUUAAGCCACCGCCUGGUUACGCAAAAAUUCCAUUCCCACCACCUCAUAUAGGAUCAGUAGUUGUGUCUUCCAAGUCUCCAGUUGUUCCCUCUACUACCGAACUCAAUCCAUUCAAACUCACGUCUCAAUUGCCGACUGAGGUGAACUCUUUACAACCAUCUGUGUCGAGUACUACGCAAAGAGUAACCGAAAGAGCUCAACCUAGCACUGAUGUCACGUCAGCCACACCUAAACGAAAUCGGCAAAGAAAACCAUUACAUAGGGGUUCAUUGACCAGUUUCAGCACGACUACUCCUUUGAAUGAUAUCACAGAACGUCAAAGAGAUCAAUUUACAACACCAGCAGAACUACAACGGUUACCAGAAAUUUCAACUUCGGUGAAUGAUCAACAACACUUUUUGGAGAGUACACCAACUUCCAUUAGACAGAAAUUUUCACGAAAACCAGCGGAACAACAACAAACCAUUUUUGAAACUACGCAAGCAUCUGUUGAAAAACAGCAACAGCAGUUUGAUAACACACAGAAACCACAGUUUGAUAACACACAACAACAACAGUUUGAUAACACACAACAACAACAACAACAACAACAGCAACAGUUUGAUAACACACCACAACAACAGUUUGAGAGCACACAGCAACAGCAAUUUGGAAAUGUACAACAACAGCAAUUUGAUAACACACAGCAGCAGCAAUUUGGCAACACACAGCAGCAACAGUUUGACAACACACAACAACAGCAGUUCUUCGCAGAUCAACAAGUUCCACAAAACCACCAAAACUAUUUAGACAAUUUGUCUCAACUCGAACAACAACAAUUUUUCAAUAAUCAACAACCAAGCCAACAGCCAUUUUAUGAAAAUCAUCAACAACUUUUAGACAAUCCUUCUCAAACCAUUCAAGAGCAAAUUCCAAACAAUCCUCAAUCAGUAACUGAUCUAAACAAUCCGGAAAGAAAUCAGCAGCAGUUUAUUUCUAGCUCAACUGAAAAACAGAUAUUUAAAAACUUUCAACAAAUACAACCACUUUCCCAGUACCAGGUGGGAAAUAACUUUUUAAACCAACAACAGUCAUCCACUGAACAAGUUCAACCGACUUUCAAUACUCCUCAAACCGUAUCCGAAGAACCUCUGACGGUAGCAACGUUAUCCCCCACAGAAACACCAAAACUUAGACAACGCCUGUCGUAUUAUGAUAAACUAUUGUUAACAUCAACCCAAGAGCCAGUAGAAACACCAAGUACUCAAAACAUUAUCGAAUCCAGUGAAAAACCCAAGGAACGAUCGAAAUUGAGGCCAAGGCAGAGAUUAACUACAACCAGAAGACCUACGACAGAGUCUCCGAGCACUUCGGAAGGUUCUUCGGAAGUAGUGUCCGAACAGGUAGCAGAAAUAUCGACGCAAAGAUAUAAUCCUUUAAAGAGACGUCGCCCGGUUACGACAACGACAACUACUGAAUCAACCGAAACUACGAGAAACCCUCUGAGAUCUAGAACGACACAAGCUAGUAGAUCAGAGUUUGUUCGAUCGAGAUCUAGCAGAAGACCAACCACGACAACAACAACGACAACAACAACUACAUCCACUACAGAAGCCGCGCCAGUGCAGCAACAGUUCCAAGAAGAGGGACAGCAGACCAUUCAACAAGACGAACAGAAAAAAAUCGAAGAGGCCGCGUCGUUUUGGAAUGAACCAGUAACUGUACAGCAGAGUCAUGGUUAUGAGUUAGACACAAGGUACACACAAGCACCUUCCGGGCCAGACAGCAAGUUUAGCAGCGGUGAACCACCAGCGGACGAAGACUUCUCGAAGGAAAAACACAAUUUUGGCAGUAAUAAUGACAAGAAAGCUCGUGACCCGAACGCUGAGAAAAAAACGCCAGGCCGUCGAGGCCAUUGGGUUAGAGUACGAGUGAAGAAGCCGCAAGACAAUCUGGAUACGGCUGAGUCACAAAACUCUUUAGGCCCGCUUUCAGCGAAUGCCAUUCAAGAGUUAGUGACAAAAGCGACCACCGAAUUCGGAGUCUCGUCAUCAGCCGCUCCGGAAGAACCUAACCUAACUUCUACGACAACCACCACCACCACUACCACAGUUGCUCCGACAACCAUGACUGCACCCGUAACCACUGCCAGUAAUCAGAAGCAACAGUUAGUAACUACAGUUUCUGACAACGCAGAAGUCGCGGCGGUAACGACGAUGGAAGAAGAACGUCCGGCUGAGACCACUCAGACUCCGGAAGUGUCAUCAUCAUCCACAGUCAAAUACCCAGACGACGAACAAGACGAGGCAUUCCAACGAAACUUGGCUGACAUGCUGGCUAAAUUCAUCAGUGGUGGUGGCGAUGAACCACGGACUGAAACCGUAACGGCACCUACGGCAGCUGAAGAGUCGACGAUGGACUUAGUUGCGGAAACAGAGCCAACCGACGCUACCGCCAUCACUGCAGCCGCGGUCACGGAACUACCUGUUGCGCCGGUCACGUCUACCACGACCAAGGUAUCUAUGGAGACUGAAAUAUGUUAUAAGGGCAGGUGCGUGAAGAGCAAAAAGAACAAACAGAUCACCGACCUGGUGUCCGAGCCAUGAAUAAUAUAAAGUAUAAUAUACUAGAUAUUAAAUAUAUAUAUAUUAUGUACACGCGUAUCUUAAGGUUAUAAUAAGAGAUGACGAGAGACGACGAUGCUUGUAUAUGACAGACGUCGGUAAUUAUCGAGUAUAGUAAGUGUAG